UCAUUAUUUAUUGAGUUUAUUUGCUGACUUUACAUUAAUAAACACCACUUGUGUGUUAAAUAAUAAAUAUCUCGUUGCAGAGAGGAUAGAAUGCAAAAGUUGUUGAAUAUUGAUGUUUUUAUUGAUUUAUUCUCUGAAGUUUGUUAAUAUUUAACUUGUGUGGAGAGAAAAAGACACGCAGCAGAUCUGUUCCAGCAGCCCGAGAGGCCUCAGUCUGUCUCUGUAGAAUAAUCAGAAUUAUAAUAAUAAUAUAAAAAGCAUUAAUAAAGGGAUUAUGAGUGCAGUCCGAGCAGCUAAGCAGGCCCUGCGGAGGGAGGUGAAGCAGCGGCUCUCCUCCCUCAGUGAGGAGGAGAAGCUCCUCCAGUCCCUGCGGCUCUCCCAGCGGCUCCUCUCCCACCCGCGCUACGAGGCCUCCCGCCGCCUCGCGCUCUUCCUCAGCAUGCGGGACGAGGUCCGCACCGAGGAGAUCCUCAGGGACGCGCUGCAGCGCGGGAAGAGCUGCUUCAUCCCGCGCUACGAGGCGGGAGGAGGCAACCGCAUGGACAUGCUGCAGCUCCGCAGCCUGCAGGAGGUGCAGAGCCUCCCCACCACCUCCUGGAGCAUCAGGCAGCCCGCGGAGGAGGACCACAGCCGGGAGGAGGCGCUGUCCGCAGGAGGUCUGGACCUGAUCCUGAUGCCCGGUCUGGGCUUCGACCGGUCCGGACGGCGUCUGGGCCGAGGGAAAGGUUUCUACGACGCGUACCUGGAGCGCUGCACGAAGCACCCUGCAGGGAAACCCUACACCAUCGCCCUGGCCUUCAGGGAGCAGAUGUGUCCCGAGGUCCCCGUAGACCACAACGACGUGCUCAUCGACGAAGUCCUCUACGAGGAGUAGCUGAGAAACCUCCAAUCAGCCAGGAGCUCUAACACUAAAACAGCCUUUGAUUUAACACUGAGACAUUUUAGCUUGAAUAGAACUAAUGACGACAGCUGUUAAUGUGACUAAUCCCUCCUGAUAUAAAGUUAUCAUGCAGGCUAAUCUAUUAUUUAAUGUCUGUGUUAAUAUUUCUGAUAAAGGUGCUGAAACCAGAUGUUUAAGAGUUGUUGAUCUUCUGCCAAUGACUUAAAAUAAAGAAUAUUUUUUAAAAUGUAUGGACAAUUAAAUAAAAAAGAAGUGCAAUUCAAGUGUGUUUGGAUCCUGAUUGCUCUAAUAUUGUUACAGAUCUUCAUUUAGUUGAGAU